UCUUAAAAAAUUAUCUGUUUGCUAUUGCCGGCCGACCCGCCGAAAAUGCCCCGACUCAAAAGUUUUUUUUGCUAAAAAAAAAUCGAUUUUUUUUUAUUUUCGCUUAAAAACAGUCUUUUCACAAAUUAGCGGUCUUUUCGUUAUUUAUCGAUCCGUAUCGUCUAGACGAUUGCAUAUGUAUAUAAUGACUGAAUGCAAGCGUCUACUUCACCACAUGCAUAGCAACCUCAAACAUGGCGGCAUCCAGAGCUGUCGGAAAAUGGAAGCAUGAGUCUUCGGGAGAAAUAACAUUCUGCUGCAAUAUAAGUGUAAAUUAUGUAAACCAACCAGAGAAAAGAAACAUAUUGAAGAAUAGAAUCUAUUCAUUUAACUGUUCUGAUUCUUGGAACGAUCUGCUAGCAGAUUUAUUAAGCAAAACUGAUAUACAUGUUGAACAAACUGAUACGAUUGAAUUGUCAGUUGCCAAAUCAUUAGCCGGGGCUGAGCUUUUUCACCCAGAUUGCGAUGAAGAAAUCAGUGUGUUGCAUAAGUUUGACAAAACUUUAAAAUAUGUUAACUUCUGCAUCACCAAAGAACAUCCAUCAGAAAUUUCACCGGAAGAUACAAAGACUUCCAGUUCCACAAAUGCAUUCAGUUUAAUGAUGGAAGUGCCUAGAAAAAUUGAAAAAUCUCCAAAAAUGAGGGCACAAGGCCCAAGAUUUACAGCAAAGGACCGGUUGUACAAUGAUUUGGUGACAGAGAUGACGGUGAAGAAGGCCUUCUUUCCAAAUAUCAUGUCAGACCAAGAUGUUACCAAACACGUCAUGGUUGUCGUUAAUGCCCUGUGGUAUGUGGAUGGGUCCCUUGGAAAACUACAAAAUAGGUUUACUGGUGCUGACGAGGACUUCCCAAAAUCAAAUAGAGAGCUUAAAGUGACAAAAUAAUGUGCAAAUUGAAACAUUUAACAAAUGUUUGCGAGUACUAUUAAGUUUGAUACUGUCAUGUGACACUGAUAGGGAGCUAUCCUAACAACUCAGUACAAACAGUUACAAAUACAUGUUCCUAGUUACAAAUAUAUGUUCCUACUACUAAGUCACAAGAUUAUGUUAUAAAAGUCUAGUCUCAAAUGUUUAUUUUGUGUUGAAAGUUUUAGAUUACUAGUCACAAGAUAAUGUUAUAAAGUCUAGUCAAAGAUGUUUAUUUUGUGUUGAAAGUUUUAGAUUACUAGUCACAAGAUUAUGUUAUAAAGUCUAGUCUCAGAUGUUUAUUUUGUGUUGAAAGUUUUAGAUUACUAGUCACAAGAUUAUGUUAUAAAGUCUAGUCAAAGAUGAUUAUUUUAUGUUGAAAGUUUAAAAUUCUAGUCAAAAUAAAGGUUAUUGUUAUUAAUUUACGAUAUUUCUUUGUUUUAUAAGUAUCAAACUUUAUAUGUCAAAGUAAAAAAAAAAAAAAAAAAAAAG